CUUUGUAGCUUUGCUUGACAACUCACAGGAAAGUUUGUAGGUGACCUGCACUUUAUAGUUAUUUUUUAGAAAAUGUGUUUCUCAAAAUUAUUUAAUAUGACGUUGAAAUCUAUCAAAUAUAGGGAUGUAACGAUAUGUUUGCGAUUUAUUCAAGAUUUAUUUUUACAAAAUGAACAACUUCCCUUGUAUUAUUUCUAAAAUGCUUCACGUUUCUUUGUAUGAUAAAUUAUGUUUUAUUUCAAACAACAAAACUAAACUGCAAUUUAAAAAAAUUAAUAUUAGAACAAUUAUUUUUAUAUAAACAAACUAAUAAUGUCUGGUACUUUCUUGGAUUUUAAGGCAUUUUUACGAAAUAUCAGCAAGUCCACGUUUAGGUUUGCAGUGAACACGGUGGCCCCUGCUGUUUAAAAAUGUAUUUCCAUUCAGUUCACACCUCAAACGAUUUGAAUCGUCACACAUUAUAACCGAUUUUCAAUCAGCUCACAGUGAAUCGUUGGAUCCCUAUAAAAUAAUGUAACAAAAUCAGAAUAAUAUUAUACACAUCAGAAUGAUUUUCAUUUCUAUCUAAAUUUUUGCUUACAGAGGCAUCAGUCAAUAGUCCUAGCAGGUGUAAAGCACCUGAUACAACAGUGUACUUCUUGUUGCACAUCGUUUCAUUGCCCUUUGUGCCCUUCACUGAAGCCAAUGACGAAAAUGAAAGUUCAGGGUCAUUGGGAAGUCCACUUUAAAAAUGCAAUCAUUUUUCAAGAUAAAAGAUUAUGCAAAUGCCAUUUGGCCUGCAGAACAGAGGCCCAUUAUCAUUGCCCUACUUGCAGCAAAACUGUUCUGAGAAGAAAUGCAAUGACGGCUCACCUGCAGAAGUGCUAAACAUCAAAUGUAGAACAUCAACUUCCUUCAUCCUCCCCAUUUGCAUCGGCUCAAUGCACAUUCCAAUCUGCAUCGGCUCCAUGCACAGCCUCAUCUACACCGGCUCUAUGCACAGCCCCAUCUACACCCGCUCCAUGCACAGCCCCAUCUACACUGGCUACAUGCACAGCCCCAUCUACACCGGCUCCAUGCACAGCCCCAUCUGCACCGGCUCCAUGCACAGCACCAUCUGCAUCGCUACAUGCACAGCCCCAUCUUCAUCGACUACAUGCACAGCCCCAUCUGCACCGGCUACAUGGACAGCACCAUCUUCAUCGACUACAUGCACAGCCCCAUCUGCACCGGCUACAUGGACAGCACCAUCUUCAUCGACUACAUGCACAGCCCCAUCUGCACCGGCUACAUGGACAGCACCAUCUUCAUCGACUACAUGCACAGCACCAUCUGCAUCGACUCCAUGGACAGCCCCAUCUGCAUCGACUCCAUGGACAGCCCCAUCUGCAUCGACUCCAUGGACAGCCCCAUCUGCAUCGACUCUAUGUAUGCCCUUGCCUGCGUCAGCAUCGGCUCCGUGCACAUCCACACCUGCUACGCCUCUGUGCAAACCCACACCUUUACCGCAUUCAUUUACUGCCUUAAAGAAAAAAAAAGAGUACAUGCCCACACUGUUCAGCCGAUAUACUGAAGAAGAACUUGAACAUGCACAUUCAAAGGAGACACACUGAUCACUCAAAAGAUAUAACAAUGCAAUCACAUCUGUCUAGUGUGUGUAUUGACAUGACAAAUGGAUUGUCAGCUGUUCAGAGGAGUGCCCAUGGAUUUUCUGUACCAGUGCAUGUUCAAAAAAAGACUUGGAGCAAACAUCAUUAAGUUAGGUGUGAGUUACAAGAGUGCUGGCAAUAUCAGCAGCUUGCA